CGGGGGUCGAAAAAACGCGUCCAACCUAGCUAUAAUGCUACACAAGUUUUUUGCAGACGCAUAGUUUUCACCGAAAAGCCGAAAGAAAAGUGCGAAAAACGUGGUAAAACAGCGGAAAAAGGGCAGCUAAACAAAACACACCGAAAUGAGCGAGUUCCAGCAGCAAGGGGGCCUUAAUCAUUCGCAGGCACUCGCCCAGGCCAUCCAGCGUGCCAAGCAGAUUGCCGCGAAGAUCCAGCCGAGCCAGCAGGGCGGCGGCGGCCCAUCGGCGGGUCCAUCCCCACCGGCUUCCGGAGGCGGCGGCGGAGCCCCCAACUUCAAGCGGCACAUCGACGACGGCGACAGCGGGCCGGAGUGCAAGCGCUCCUUCGGCAGCCCCGAGUACGGCAACAACAGCUCCAACAUGAGCAGCGGCAGUGGUGGCGGCGGCGGUGGUGGUGGUGGUGGCGGUGGCCCAGGCGGUGCCAGCAUCUCCCAGGCCAUUGCCCAGGCGGCUGCUGUGGCCGCUCGAUUGGCCGCCUCGGCGGGAACCAGCUGCGAGGAGCAGUUACGACUGCCCGACUCCGUGGCGGGUGCCUUUAUGGGACGCGCCAGCAACGACACCAUCACCCACAUCCAGGCGGAGUCCGGGGUGAAGGUGCAAGUCAUGCAGGAUCAAGAUCGCGUGAUUAUGCUGCGUGGACAACGGGAUACGGUCACAAAGGGCCGCGAAAUGAUCCAGAGCAUGGCCAAUCGGGCUGGCGGCGGUCAAGUGGAGGUGUUGCUCACCAUCAACAUGCCGCCACCGGGUCCCAGCGGCUAUCCGCCGUACCAGGAGAUCAUGAUACCGGGCGCCAAGGUAGGCCUUGUCAUUGGCAAGGGCGGCGACACCAUCAAGCAGUUGCAGGAGAAGACCGGCGCCAAGAUGAUAAUCAUCCAGGAUGGUCCGAACCAGGAGCUGAUCAAGCCUCUGCGCAUUUCCGGCGAGGCGCAGAAGAUAGAGCACGCCAAGCAGAUGGUGCUUGACCUGAUUGCCCAGAAGGAUGCCCAGGCUCAGCAGCAGGGCGGUCGCGGUGGUGGUGGAGGCGGCGGUGGAGGUGGCGGCGGUCCAGGCAUGGGAUUCAAUAACUUCAACAAUGGCAACGGCGGUGAAAGCGUCGAGGUCUUUGUGCCCAAAAUCGCGGUGGGCGUGGUCAUUGGCAAGGGCGGCGACAUGAUCCGAAAGAUCCAAACCGAGUGCGGCUGCAAACUGCAGUUCAUCCAAGGAAAGAACGACGAGAUGGGCGACCGGAGGUGCGUCAUACAGGGCACUCGGCAGCAGGUCGAGGAUGCCAAGCGCACCAUUGAUGGACUGAUUGAGAAUGUGAUGCAACGCAACGGCAUGAAUCGAAACGGCAACGGGGGAGGCGGCGGUGGAGGUGGCCAAGGGGACUCUGGCAACUCCAACUACGGCUACGGAUACGGCGUUAAUCACGCUCAAGGCGGACGGGAGGAAAUCACAUUCCUGGUGCCCGCUUCCAAAUGUGGAAUUGUAAUUGGACGAGGCGGUGAGACCAUCAAGCUGAUCAACCAGCAAUCUGGAGCCCACACCGAAAUGGAUCGCAAUGCCAGCAAUCCGCCCAAUGAGAAGCUCUUCAAAUCCAAGGGCACCACCGACCAGGUGGAGUCAGCCCGCCAAAUGAUCUCCGAGAAGAUAAACAUGGAGCUAAAUGUCAUCUCCCGCAAGCCCAUCGGCGGUGGAGGUGGCUCCGGCGGUGGUGGUGGUGGCGGCAAUUCUGGCGGUGGCCAGAACAACUCACACCACAAUCAGCAGCAGGGCGGCUACGGAGGCCAGAAUCAAAUGCAGGGAGGCGAUCCGAACUCGGGAGCAGGCUAUCAGCAGCAACAACAGGGUUGGGGUGGUCCCUACGGCCAGCAGGGAUGGGAUCCGUCCGGUCAGCAGCAACAGCAGCAGCAAAUGGCCAUGGCCAAUCAAGGAGGAGCCGCUGCGGCGGGAGGAGCAGCCGGUGGCCAAGACUACUCGGCGCAAUGGAUAGAGUACUACAAACAAAUGGGUUGCCAUCGAGAGGCUGAAAUGAUUGAGCAGCAAAUGAAGGCUAAGCAGGGAGGCGGCUCUUCAGGACCUGUCCAGCCGCAACAACAGCAGCAAUCCCAGCAGCAGUCACAGCAGCAACAGUCCCAACAGCAGCAAGGAGGCGCCGGUGGUGCCGGUGGAGCCGAUUACAGUGCGCAGUGGGCGGAGUACUACCGCAGCGUGGGCAAGAUCGAAGAGGCCGAGGCCAUCGAAAAGACGUUAAAAAACAAGCCACAGAAUGGAGCAUCGGGUGGCCAGAACAACGCGCCCAACCCCAGCCAGGGAGGACCCAAUCCCGGCCAGCAGCAACCCAAUCCCGCUGCGGCGGCGGCAGCGGCUGCUGCUGCAGCAGCGGCAGCCGGCGGCUAUGGUCAGAGUAUGACGCCCAGCCAGUACGCGCAGUACUCGCAGUAUUAUGCGGCGGCUGCUGCAGCCGGCGGUCAGCCGCAGGGAGCGCCUCAGCCUGGCGGUGGACAGGGCGGUGGGCCGCCGGCUGGCUAUCCUGGCGGUUAUCCGGGCGCAGGCUACGGCGGUUAUCCUGGGGCGCCGGGCCAACAGCCCGGGCAGAAAUCGCACAAAAACGACAAGCACUGAGGACGCUCGGAGGGAUCGGGAACGGGAGCGGGGAGGAGAUGUAUGUGGGAGUGGAAGCGAACACCGAAGUGGAAGAUGCUGCGGUCGGAGGACGAUGCAGGUGCCUUGCAUGGGUGAUCUAUUGUUCUACUAUGUCCUAUGUCUUUUAUCCCCCACAAUACUAGCAAAUCAGAAAAGAAAUGCAAGGCAAAUGAUUUUUAAUUGCAAUAACAGCAGCAACAGAGCAGAGGCAUCGGCAGCAGACAACGCACGGCAGAACGGAGGCGAAGAUCAGAUCAGUCGAGAAGCCGGACCACUCGGCCCAUCCAUCGGAGAGUGAAGCAUUGAACGUUUAGCUUGUGGCGUCACUCUUUUGCAUAAAUGUAAAUUAAUACGAUUAACACUGUCUAUUAUUUGGAUAUUGCCUACAAUUUCCCCACUAGUUUGUAAGCGACUUCCCCGAGAAACUAAGUCUACUUUUACCGUCUAUCUAUGCAUAACCGACCGAAUGAACGAUAAUGCUCUUGCAUCACCACUUGCACAGACACACGAAGGGAAGCUAAUUGAAUCCGUUUUGGGUGUUUGUUCAAUUUUCUUAUACAUCUCUCACACAUUUUUUAAUUCUAUCACUGUCAGUUCAGGCGAUUCAUAUGACCGCAGAUCCAAAAAAUCAGAUAUGGGUUUUAGCUUUGAAAGACACCAUUCGUGAAAAUUCUCAAUUGCAAUAACAGAAAUACUAUAACGUUAGUAGCUUACGCAUAUAUUUAAUACAUGAAACCAUUUUCACAUUUUAGCCUAGCUUAGUUGUAAUAAAAAUCAUUUGAGCAAGAUAUGAUCGACAUUUACACAUGAUCUAUGUCUGCUGAUCUGGUAAGAUUUGUAACAUUUAUAUAUAGUCAAAUGAGAGUGUCGCUUGAAGGUGUUCUAUUUCAAUUGAUUUGACAUUUGCAUAACAAUAUUUUCACCUUUCAGUUCUGGAGACAAAUCAUUCUCGUAGCAGUAAGCCCACACUGAAUUGAUUUUUAAAUUAUUCCAUGCUCUAUAUUUGUACUUUAUCGAUUCUAUAAACCCGGUAUAACCAUAUUUUAAACAUUUACCUUUGGAAAAACUGUUUUUUGAGGAUAACAUGCCUGUUUCAAUAUCUAUAAUAUAUAUCUCCAAAUGCAAACAUGAAGUGUAUGUACUUUCAGAGGCCGCUCUUCAGACCAGUUCAUAACAGAAUUACAAUAUCAAACCCCAAAACUUUUUCACAAAACAAACAUGAAGAAAUACAAACCAUAUAUUGUAAAAGUGUCAAACUUGGUAAGAUCGUGUGUUGUUAUUAUUACUAUAUAUUCAAUUAUACAUACUGCAAAUCAAACAAUGAAAAGUUACCCAAAUGAAUGUAGGUCUACCAUAAUUUAUACACUAAACUUUGACAUAUAAUCUAAACUAAGUUUUACGUCUCCCCAAAUAUCUGAUUGUUGCAACAGCAGAUGAACCAUAUUGUAACCGUUGUCCGGCUGGACAGGCUCAGAUCGGGACCACGAUCCAGAUCCCGAUCCGCCCUGCAGUCGGCAUUGCAUUGAAUAAACAUUUAAUAUAAUAUAAUAUA